AUGCUGCCUUCCAAGAACAGUACUUUCCUUGCCAUGACUCCCGCGGACUUUGAACCUGGCGGCGCAUUAUAUGUCGAGGAGAUGCUCGAACCGGGACUCGGGCCAUUUCUGGACAAUACGGCCGUGCCUGUUACUCGUGAGGACGCAUCGAGAGUACGAGACGUCUCGAGUAUUGGCUAUGCCUCCCUCGAUUACUCGAAAAUAGAGGUGAUUCAAACAGGCGAGAAGGGUCUAGGUCUAUUCACAACGGGGCCCGGAUACCGAGAAGGCGAUAUCGUUGGCCCGUACACCGGUAAAUGGCACACUGAGACAGAAAUACUGGCGACCAGCGGGUGA